ACGCCCAAAUGAUGCCGUUUCCCUGUCACUGGCUAUACUACUGGAUGUCACGUGACUGGGGGCGUGUUUCAGAGUUUCUCGAGCACAACAAAUCCUCAGUCAGCAGUCAAUCCUACUCAGGAUUACGAAGCUAGGGUGUGACAUUAAUAAGAAGCGAUUUGUUUUUGACGGAUAAACAGCAGCCGAAUGGAUCCGCUGGAUUUUCUAACGGAUGAGGAGAUGAUCAGAUUUCUUCACUGUAAGAAGACAGAGAUCUCGUCUUAUAUAGAGGAACCGCACACCUUCCUCAACCAGCUCCGAGACCAUGACCUGGUACCUGAGGAUCUCUACCAGAAGGUAAAAAAGAUGAAAAAUAAGGAGAGAAAGCAGGAAGGUGUGUAUGAGAUUUUGGACUGGGUGGAGAAUAAACGAGAACAGCAUGUGGGACUGUUUUGGAGGUGUAUGUUUCGGGAUCACCUCCUGCAGAUAUAUCCCAUUUUCCGCUUGCUCCGAAACAGCCUUCUUCAUGGUUCCUAUAGGAUUUCUGAAAAUCUUCCCAAGGCAGAUGUCCCAAGCAGUAACACGGAAGCUGAGAGAAAGGAAAAGAAGCAAGGGCAAAAGAAGGGUGCAACAAAGAGAAAGAAAAGUGGUGAAGAGACAGAUGAGGAGGAACGAGGCCCUUCCUCUGUGUCCAGCAAAAAGAAACCAGCCAUGAAGCCCCCACUCUCCCAACUUUUAGAGAAAGGAGAACUUCCUGUUACCUGUGGAGAUAAAGAAGGCACUUUGUAUAAAGACAAGCUUGCUAGAGGAGAGAUGUGUAUUUUGUCCGAAGGCGUUUGGUUCACCCCAUGUGACUUUGAGAGAUUUUCAGGAAGGGGAAAUAGCAAGAACUGGAAACUCACCAUCCGCUGCCAGAACAUUACUCUAUAUAAACUUAUACAGGAGGGUCAUUUGCAGUGUCCACGCACUUACAGAGACUAUGGUCGGAAGGGAGUGAGAGUUUCUUCAAGCUGUGUGGAAAGCUCCAGCUCAAGCUCCAGCUCUCAGUCAGCAUCCAGUGUGGAGACAGAUGAAUCCAGUGAAGACCAUGAGGAGUGGACAGAAAACGAGGACAGUGAACAAGAAGAAGAGGAAGAAGACAGCGAUACAGUGGAUUUGUCUGAAUUUCAGGAUUAUGCUUUACCAGUCAGCUGUGGUUCUGUCAGUGGGCUUAUAUAUAAAGACAGAUUUACAGGGUCACGCAGUAAGAGCAUCCGCACAGAGGAGCGUUGGUUCACUCCUGAGGAGUUCGUAAAGCAGGAGUUAACGCUGACAGACGGACACUGGAAGGAAGACAUACUGUGUCAUGGCAAAACCCUUAACUACCUGGUGGAGAAAAAAAUCCUGUAUAUCCAUUCACUGCAGUGUCCCUGUCAUCUGUGCUGUCCUGAGAACCGGCUGGAUCAGGAUAAUGAUGACGUGUGCUACAUUUGUAACUCUGUGGGAAAUCUGGUGUGCUGUGAUGAGUGUCCACGAGCUUUUCACCAUCACUGCCACUUACCAACUCUACAGGAGGACACACUUGGGGAUAAUUGGAUGUGUACUUGCUGUGUGUUAAAGAAUAACCAUAGAUUGUGGCUUCACAUGAGCAGGGAAGGUGCUUUGAGCAGUCCUGUUUCUGGAAACAUGAUGCGCUGUGAGUAUUUGCUGUUGCAGUUGUAUAAGGCGGACAGACAGCGAGUAUUUACUUCUGACCCCACAAAAAGAGUGGAGAGAUACAGCAGUGUGAUCUCCAAGCCCAUGUGGCUAAACAGAGUGAAGACCAAACUGCAGAAAGACAAGUACAGGACAGUGAGACAGUUUGUGCAGGACAUCAAGCUCAUCUUCACUAACUGCCAAACUUUUAACAAGGUUAAUAAGUAUGGCAGGAUGGGAGCCAAAAUGAAAAAGGAGUUUGAGAAGGAGUUUAACAGCAUCUUUAAAAUCCAGUAGCAUUCCUGCAUCAUAUUGGAAAGAGAGCUCUUUAUUUUUUAUAUACUUUUAAAAUUCCAUGAAUUAUUUUUUUAAAAUAAUUUAUUUCUCAAUGUUUUAUAUUCCUUAUUGUUGUAUCUCAAUUUUUAUAUAUUUUCCAUAAGGAAUAAUCAACUCCUGUCAUGUACAGAGAAAGAACUCUGAACUACAGUUCCCAGCAGCCACUGCACACUACGUCACUGUCACAUGACCACCAGCUUUCAGGUCCAUAGAGGGCAAAAAUGGCCAUGUUCAAAAACUGUCAUAAAAAUAUUAUAUUUUAAUAUUUUUUCCCACUUUCACUGAUAGCAAGUUUUUGGGGUUUUUUUUAACCAGCAUCAGUUCUAAUCAUAAUUACCAAACAUUCAUUCAUUUUCAGAAUUUUAACCCUUUAAAUGCUGGUUUGUUUACAUAAUGCCACAGAUGUUUUUUUAUGAAAAAAAGAAAAAUUGUAAUUAUUUUCCAAAUACUAAAUGCUAAGCAGAAUUUUUUUUCUUUGAUUAUUACAUUCUUUGAUAUGUCAAUGAUUAACAACAACAUACAUUUGAUGUAUUCAUAUUUUUAUGCAGUGUCCUACCACUCAGCUACAUGAAGCACAAAAAUGUCCACGUCAAAAAACUGUCAGAAACAUUAUAUAUAUAUAUUUUUUCCACUUUCACUGACUUUGAUUUUCCCCCCAGCAUCAGUUCUGACCAUAAUUACCAAACAUUCAUUAAUUUUCAGAAUUUGAAUCCUUUAAACACCUUUUUCUUUACACAAUGCAAAAAAUCUUCAACACUCAGUACCCGUUUUUGACUCGUAUACAUGGGGUGGGAUUUGUCAUUUCCAGUACAAUAUCAUUUCUUUCUUUCAAACUAUUCACACAUAAAAUUUUCAACUCUGAGAUUCGUACAAACACACCCACACAAUUAUUGUUGCAUCAUUUAUUCAGUUGGUCUACAGUGCUCUAUAAUAGGAAAAGCAUGUACAGGUGCAUCUCAAAAAAUAUAUAAUAUCGUGGAAAAGUUAAUGUUUCCCGUAAUUUGUUCAGUGGAACUUUCAUAUUUUCUAGAUUAAUUACACAAAGUGAAAAUUUGUAUCUUGUAUCUCAAAAUAUUACAAUAAAGAAUUUAAGUUG